UCCACAAAACCCAUUCUCUCUCUUUUGCUUUAGUUUCGAUCACUAGCCUCGCUGCCACAAACUUACACACACAGCGAUAGAUGGAGGCGUUUAGAGAGAGAAGAGAAUAAGGAGGAGAAGAGAGAGAGAGAGAGGAUGAAUUUGUCAUGCAUUCCAUGGCCAAUACCCACUUCUUCAUCCAUCAAAAUGCUGCUACAUUUUCUUCUUCUUCUUCUUCUUCAAGUUCCCCUUGUUACAGUUGCCACGUCAAGCCGUCCAUGACUCCUGCUCUUCUUUCCUCCUCCAGAAGACCCACCUACAAUGCCCUUGUCUUCCAGGCUGUUAGACUGUUAGGUCCUCCAGCAAGAUUUGAAGCUUCUAAGUUGAAAGUUGCAUUUACUGGAGAAGAGACUGAUACAUAUAGCAGAGUUGUGCCAAGAACAUAUACACUUUCACAUUGUGAUUUUACCGCGAAUUUGACAUUAACCAUCUCGAAUAUCAUCAACCUCGAUCAGUUGAAAGGGUGGUAUAACAAGGAUGAUGUGGUGGCUGAAUGGACACAAGAGAAGGGAAACAUGUGCCUUGAUGUCCAUUGCUAUGUGAGUGGACCGAAUCUCUUGCAGGAGUUAGCUGCAGAGUUUAGAUACCUAAUUUUCUCCAAGGAAUUGCCUUUGGUACUCGAGGCUGUCUUAUAUGGUGAUUCAGUUCUCUUCGAAGAGAAUCCCGAGCUAACGAAUGCUUUAGUUCGAGUCUUCUUCCAUUCUAGCUCAAAGAAAUACAACCACGUUGAAUGCUGGGGGCCCCUCAAGGAUGCAGUAAAGGGAAGACCGGGAGAUCAUAUCAAUGGAGUGUCAUCUGGUGCAAGGCAAGAUUCUGGACCUCAUAACAUUUGGGGAAGCGCCAAGUCUAUCUUCCAAGCACUUGCAACCUUUCUGCUAUAACAUGUACAAAAGAGCGUUUGACAAAGUGCAGAAUGCAUAUAUGCUAGUCCAGAUUGGGGAUUCUGAAGCCUACUGGUUCCAUAGAGACAUGAAUUUGUUUCAAGAUCUUUUGUAUGUAUUGCAUUCAUACAGAUGAUCAUUUGACUGACAAAUCUUGUGGAAUUCAAUGCCAUUGCAUUUAUAAAUCAUAAAAUUAAUUGAUUCAA